CUGGUCCCCGAGUCCUCAGCCUGGGAUCACCCCUUGAGAAGGAACCCAGAGUCCUCGGCAUCAAGCCCGCCACCCCCUCCCCCCAGGCAGGGCAUUCAAGGGGUUAAGUCCCCUGGGGCUGGAUUCUGCCUUCCACCUUUCCCAGACCCCAGAGUCGGUCCCUGGAACACUGGGCAGUCCUGAGCUGUGGGAUGGAGCCUGAAGCAGUGCUGUGGGGCCCAGACCUGCGGGGUCCUGAACAGAGCCCCAGCGAUGCUCAUAGAGGUGCCGAGAGUGGGAAUGAAGAGGAGAGCCCUCAGCAGGAAAGUUCUGGGGAGGAGAUCAUCUUGGGAGAUCCAGCUCAGAGUCCAGAAUUCAAGGAUCCACCAGAGAUGCCCCUGGAGAGACCCUCCCAGGAUCCCUCCAUCCCCCAGGACCCCCCAGCUCCACUGGGUCACCCCAGCCCUUUGGACCACCAGACUCCUCUUGAUCCCGCAGCCCCCGAGGUAGUCCCUACCCCAUCUGACUGGACCAAGGCAUGUGAGGCUAGUUGGCAGUGGGGGACUCUGACCACAUGGAACAGCCCCCAGGUGGUCCCUGCCAAUGAGUCCAGCCUGAGGGAGCUGGUGCAAGGCCGCCCCUCCGGGGCUGAGAAGCCGUACAUCUGCAACGAGUGUGGCAAGAGCUUCAGCCAGUGGUCCAAGCUGCUGCGGCACCAGCGCAUUCACACGGGCGAGCGGCCCAAUACCUGCUCUGAGUGUGGCAAGAGCUUCACGCAGAGCUCGCACCUGGUGCAGCACCAGCGCACGCACACUGGCGAGAAGCCCUACAAGUGCCCGGACUGCGGCAAAUGCUUCAGCUGGAGCUCCAACCUGGUGCAGCACCAGCGCACGCACACGGGCGAGAAGCCCUACAAGUGUACCGAGUGCGAGAAGGCCUUCACACAGAGCACCAACCUCAUCAAGCACCAGCGCUCACACACCGGGGAGAAGCCGUACAAGUGCGGCGAGUGCCGGCGCGCCUUCUACCGCAGCUCUGACCUCAUCCAGCACCAGGCCACGCACACUGGUGAGAAGCCCUACAAGUGCCCCGAGUGCGGCAAACGCUUUGGCCAGAACCAUAACCUCCUCAAGCACCAGAAGAUCCACGCUGGGGAGAAGCCAUACCGCUGCACUGAGUGUGGCAAGAGCUUCAUCCAGAGCUCGGAGCUGACCCAACACCAGCGCACGCACACGGGCGAGAAGCCCUACGAGUGCCUCGAGUGCGGCAAGAGCUUCGGCCACAGUUCCACCCUCAUCAAGCACCAGCGAACCCACCUGCGCGAGGACCCCUUCAAGUGCCCCGUUUGUGGCAAGACCUUCACGCUGAGCGCCACACUGCUUCGUCACCAGCGCACACACACGGGCGAGCGGCCCUACAAGUGCCCCGAGUGCGGUAAGAGUUUCAGUGUCAGCUCCAACCUCAUCAACCACCAGCGCAUCCACCGCGGUGAGCGGCCGUACAUCUGCGCCGACUGUGGCAAGAGCUUCAUCAUGAGCUCCACGCUCAUCCGCCACCAGCGCAUCCACACGGGCGAGAAGCCCUACAAGUGCUCCGACUGCGGUAAGAGUUUCAUCCGCAGCUCCCACCUCAUCCAGCACCGUCGCACCCACACGGGUGAGAAGCCCUACAAGUGCCCCGAGUGCGGCAAGAGCUUCAGCCAGAGCUCCAACCUCAUCACCCACGUGCGCACCCACAUGGAUGAGAACCUCUUUGUGUGCUCCGACUGCGGGAAGGCCUUCCUGGAGGCUCACGAGCUGGAGCAGCAUCGGGUGAUCCACGAAAGAGGGAAGACCCCAGCCCGGAGAGCUCAGGGCGACACUAUGCUGGGGCUUGGGGAUCCAGCCCUGCUAACCCCGCCCCCCGGAGCCAAACCACACAAGUGUCUUGUCUGCGGAAAGGGGUUCAACGACGAGGGCAUUUUCAUGCAGCAUCAGAGGAUCCACAUUGGAGAAAACCCCUACAAAAAUUCAGAUGGCCUCAUCGCACACCCAGCCCCCAAGCCUCCGUUCCGACCUCCCAGGCUCCCUUUUGGAGGGAAUUCCUAUCCAGGUGCUUCGGAGGGCAGAGCUGACCCCCCAGGACAACCCUUUAAAAUGCCUGAGGGGCAGGAGAGCUUCAGCCAAAGGCUGGGCCUGCUCUCCUCCAAGUCCUACAUUUGUUCCCACUGUGGAGAAAGCUUUCUGGAUCGAGCUGUGCUCCUCCAACACCAGCUCACCCAUGGCAACGAAAAGCCCUUUCUCUUUCCUGAUUAUAGGACUGGUUUAGCAGAAGGGGCAGGGCCCAGUCCCUUCCUAAGUGGAAAGCCCUUUAAAUGCCCUGAAUGCAAAAAAAGCUUUGGCCUCAGCUCUGAGCUGCUGCUGCACCAGAAAGUCCAUGCAGGUGGGAAACCCCAGAAGAGUCCAGAGCUGGGGAAGAGCUCUUCUGUCCUCCUGGAGCACCUCAGGAGCCCCCUGGGAGCCAAACCCUACAGCUGCUCAGAUUGUGGGGCUUCCUUCCUGGAUCGCCUGGCCCUCGUCCGCCAUCAGGAAACCCACACCCAAGAAAAGUCCCCCAGACCCGAAGACCCCCUUUCAGAGCCAGUCACCCUGUCCACAAGCCAGGAAGGUGAAGGAGAGGCCCCCACCCCCACAGGAAGCAGCAUCCAUGGGGAAGGGGAAACCCCCAAAACCCUCUUGGAAGAAAAGCCCUAUUUGUGCCCUGAGUGUGGAGACGGCUUCACAGAAGUUGCGGCCCUCCUCCUCCAUAGGAGCUGCCACCCGGGUGUCACCCUGUGAAAUGCACCUGGAGACCAGGGGCCCCUCUCUCCUGAGAGGAACACUGGAUCUCCCCAAAUAUUAUGCGAGAAAAGGAAGAAAACACUACCAGAUUGUAGAGAUGCAAAGGAUAAAGGACCCUGGGUAAAAGUAGUGCUUUUACAUCAGUGAUGAGAAACCCUAUAAAAUUGUUGGUGGGAACCACUUAUAAUGCAGUAGAGAAAAACUGUUGGGUUAGAAACCCUAUAAAUAUGUAGGAAAAAAAAAAGCCCUUUCAGUCUGUAGCAGAAAAAUCCCUAUAAACCAUAGUGGAUAAAAGCCCUAUUAAUUGUAGGAUGAGGUCCCAAUAUGUCUCUAGACAACCCUAUAAAACUGUACUGAAAUCCUUGUGAAACUAUAGGGUUGGGGAAGUGCAGGGAAAUAGCAAUGGCAUUGACUUGGGAGCAGUGACCCUCAGAAGGUGCAGAAGAACCUCCCAUGAACUCGUUCCACAGUGUUCUUUCCUACUGGCAUAUGGGAGGGAGGUGCAUUCCCAGAAGCCUUGGACAAUUACACUGAGUAAAAUGCUCAGUGGGGAGUAGUUUUGGGAAUUGGGUGGAACUGAAAAGGAAAACAAGGACAGGAGAAAAAUAAGUGAUGAGGAGCCCUUGGACCCACAGAAGAGAAAUAACCUGGGAACUAGGAAGAGGAAGUCCAGCUCAUUGCAGUGGGGGUUCCUUGGGAUAUAAGGCCAAUCCUAGAUGAAUUGUGUGCAUGAGAGGAGGAGGCCCAUGGAAUUCCUUAUCAGAAGCCAAAAAUGGGGAAGGAAUAAAAUGAUGUUGCACCUUCUUAAAGGCUGAAGUUUGGGGUGCAUAAAAACCUUAAGAAUACUGGGAAACCACCACAAAAAUUUAGCGGGGAGAGUGGGGGGAGCUUCUGUUAGAGUGCUUCGAGGGAAGGAAACCAAGUGGAGAAACCGCUCAGAUGGAACCCAGCAAAGUCCAGGCUGUCUUCCCCAUUUCCGGGAGCUUGUUAAACUGCAAGUGCAAGCAGAUCCCAGCCAGACUGCCAGGGUCCCCCCUGCAGCCAGGCAGAACAGCCCUUUCCUGGGGACUUCUGAGAGGCCUCCAGGGACGGAGGGCCCCUCCUGCUACAUCUCAGGUCUCACCGUCAGGAGGUUUCUCCUGAAAUCUAACUGCCACCAGUCUUGCUGCAGUGGCAGCCUGUUUCCUUGAACUCUGUCCUCAGUGGAGAGGGAGAACCGCUGCUAGUCAACCUCCAAAGAAUAAAGCCCUUCAGAGACUCAAGGCCUGUGCGUAGUUAAAUCCUCCAACUGCUCUUCACGAAGCCAAUGAGUGCCACAUGUAGGUUCUCUGUGGCAACAAGGGACGGCAAGUUGACAGAAUAGAGAGCUUUGAUUAGCCAGCAACCUACUUUUAAACUUCAUUUUCUCCUCUGAGCUGAUAGCAAGGCUGCUGGCAGGAUGAGCCAGCCUGCACAUAGAGAUGGGUGUCCAAACACCCUACGGAAGGGACCCUGGGUCCUGGAAGAGUAUAUGGAAGCCUGACCACCUCCCUCACACCGGCACCUGGAGCCCGCUGAGGUUGUGACAACCCAUCCCAUUCAUGGUCUCAGGAAGGUACGGAUUCCAUCCACUCGGCUCCUCUCCUCCUCAGCCAGAAACCUUCAGGGGGAAACGGAAAGAUGAGAGAACCACACUACCCUGCCAGACCCAUCUCCUGUCCUCGCACACCACACACAGUUCCACACUUGAUUAACCCAGCCAAACCCACUAACACGACUGGGUGUGUGUGGCAGGGGAAAGAGACUGUUGCCCGCUAAAAUGGUUGGAGGAACCUUUUGAAACAUCUGUAACAAGAACCCCAUCCCCUAACCCUGGAGAUUCCUUCCAGUGCUGGAUCCAAAGGAAGUGCCCACUGACCCCAUGCUGGCACCAGUAAUGCACUGUGGUCCUGGAGUAAGAGAACCAACAUGCCAGGUGAGGUGGCCCCUUCAGGAGUCACAUCCCCCGAGAGGGUGACCUGGAUCCCUACGGAGCUAUGGAAGAGACCUCUAAUUUCAUUACCUGAAGUUAAAAAGUCCUUCACCUUCUACCCUGACCCCCAAAGGGAUAACACUCAAAUUCAAAGGAUCAAAAUCCAGAACACUGUAGGAGGAAAAACCCAAGCCUGCUGGGAAGGAGGAAAAGGCAGGCAUCAUAUGAUUGUGGGGAGACCCUUUUUAACAUCUGCAUUACAGCCCCACCUGACCCAAGUGCCAGGUCGGAAAACACUACUGAGGGGAGAAGGAGCCUGCCUGCAAAUCUACUGACAGAAGCUUCCAUGAAGGGGGUGUCCCUAUGAGACUGAGGAAGAGAAGACAGCCCUCCAAGUCAAAGCAGAACCCCCCUCUAAGAUGGUAGCAGAAAGAAACUCCAAUUGUAAACAAACCCCUUUUAAAGCUAGAAGCAGUUCCCCUCAGAACAGGUCUGAGCAAUAUCCCCAGAAGAGUCCUGGGGAGCAGACUUCGAGGCUCGGGGGCCAGUCCGGGAAGAGGUGGUCAGUGUGGUUAAAGGCCGACUGUGGGCCUAUUGAGGACUUGGGUGUAGCAUAUGUAGUAGGAUGUUCGCAUGUUGUAGGAAUGGGUUAGGGCCAGUUUAGGCUCCAGUACUUGAAUGGAUGACGUGGACACAAUGAGUUGGGGUCUGGGGUUUUGUAGCUGGAAAGGGGCAAAGUGGGAGACCUUUGGGGUAUGACCAGUUCUCUCUUGCCCACCUCCCCGAACUCCUUUAGCCAGGUGCUUCCCUCCCAGAACAAGGUACAGCUUGGGAGGAUCUAAGUAGGCCGCUGGCUGAGGGAGGUGGCAGUGUCCAGAGUCCCUCUGACCAGCUCAGGCAAAGGCCCAGCUCAGUCUGGAAGGCCUCUUGUCCAACUCCACGGAGGCCUGACUCUUCAGAAGUGUCCCAGUUGAGGAGCCCAACAGAUAGGGUCACAGAGUCAAAGGGAAGAGAAGAAACUGAUCUGAGCGUAGGGUGAAACUUGAAACUGCUAUAGAUAUGAAGGUCAGAUGGGAACUGGAAAGAAUUGGGCAUGAAUCCUGAAUGAUGGGGAAACUUGAAACCAUCACAGUCAAGAGGUAGGGUUCCAUGACACCUGCCCCUGAAGUGAGCAGCCCCCAGACUCCUUUGCCCCCCUUAAGGAAGCCCUGCUCACCUAAUUUGUCCCCCUGGAGAGAAGAGAGGCCCCACUUUUGAGUGUUGUGUGUCAAUAACAGUGUUGUGUCACCGGUGGUCAUGUUGAUUAGUUGAAGAGAAUAA